GCUGUCGAGCCUGUUGUCAUAAGGUUCAAUGGAACGGUCUAUUUUCCUUCCAUCUAUCAUAUUAACAGUAGACCUCCCGAAGCUCCCGACCAUCGUAGCCCUCCUCCCCCAGAACUCGAUACCGCUUGGGCCAGGAUUUCUGAUGAUGAUACGGCAUUCAAUUUGCUACCAAUCCGGGUUACGAUUGAUGACCUACGUAAAGCUGGAGAAGUAGAUCUACUAGCGAAGGCCAAGUAUCCACAAAGUAACGGUGGAGGUUUCAUGGCAUCGUUGGAAGUCAACCACCAACUGCGUUGUCCGAACUUCCUUCGCAAAUCCUGUUGGUCCGACCAUUAUUGGUUGAAUCCCGGGUUCCGGCGGGACCCCUCGGUAGUUCGAAUGCAUCUCGGUAAUUUUCCCUUCUCACCCGACAUACAUCCUGCUCAUGGCAUAUUAGAUGACUGCGCCGAGCUGAUCGGGCAGUCUAUCAUGUGCGAUGCCGAGGUCGCGAUGAUCACGUGGGACUGGGUAACACUAUCCUAA